AUAAACGAUUAUCUAGAUCUAAUAGCAGUGUUAUUCAACCAUGGAUGUUUCACAUAACGCGAGUUUAUAUAUAAACAAGCGUGGUCCGACAAAUGGACUUUGAACCCAACGUACAGUCAGGCGAGGUGACUCCACAAAUAGACUCGCUGCUUACUAAUCUGUAAUCACCAAAUCGGUUGUGGCUUCGGGAGGGACAAGCGGUCAGCAGUACGGUGAAUGACUGUCACACUGGCCAGUUUAUUUAGAUCUAGUCUUCACAAAAGUUUGACAGGGUUUGUCUUCUGCUAUGCUGAACGAGAACCACAGAGACCUCACUAACAAGAUGUCGGACAGUGACUUUAUCGGAGUUCUGGGGGUGACCAAUGUCUCCGAUGUUGCCAUGACGAUCACCGUGGCAACUGUCAGUCUGUACCUGAUGAUGGGUUUGGGGGUGUACCUCAUGUGUCCCAGCCUCAUCCUCCAGGUGUAUUUCAAAUUUGCAGUGCUAUGGAGUGGUAUGAAGGUGAAGUUCGCGUCUCCUGACGGCAAGUUCCACUUCUGCUACGGAGAGAAGGGCCAUCAGCGUGAGGGUAGUGUCAGCCUCCUGCUGCUUCACGGCUUCACGGCAGACCACUUCAUGUGGACGCCAGUAGUGAAGCGCAUACCGUCCAGUGUGCAUGUCAUUGCCAUGGACAGUCCAGGUCAUGGUGGCAGCAGUGAACCUGAGGAGGGCGACCUUGACUACUCCUCUCAGGUCAAGAUGAUCAGGCAGUUUGUGGAGUUGAUUGGCCUAGACAAGCAGCCAUUCCACAUCGUCGGUCUGUCAAUGGGCGCAGCCUUGGGGGGAUUGUUUGCUGCAGAGUACCCACAGCUGGUUAAGAAACUGACCCUCUCAUGUCCAUCCAUGAUCACUCCAACGCCAAGUCCAUUUGCAGCAGAACUGAGACAGCAUCACGAAGAUGGCAGGGACUUUGAUGUCACAAACUGCAUCUUGUUGCCACAGAAUGGAGCCGAGGUGCAGGAGAUGCUCAACUUCAGCAGAUUUUACAAGACUUACUUCCCUUACCAGAUUUUACAAGGUGCUGCUGAUAUACGGAAAAAGAAGAAUGAUUUCUACUUGAAAUUAUUCCUCUGUAUUACUCAUCAACGCAAUACUCUCGAGGACAAUCUGGAGAAAGUGAAGGUCCCUGUGCAGCUCAUCUGGGGGAAGGAGGACAAGAUCAUAGAUUUGUCUGGCAUAGAUGCCUUGAAGACUGGACUGUCCAAGGUAGAUCGUGUUGACAUAAUUCCGGAGUGUGGACACGCCAUUACCCUCGACCAACCAGAGACCUACACACAAGUCAUCAUGGACUAUUGGGCAGGAAGGGAGACAACUCACACGUGAAACAUACUCUUGAGGAUCUACACAAUUGUUUGCUCAGGGUAGUUUUCUAGUCUUGAAGAUUUUAGUUCAACUUUUUGUUGGAAGUUUUAUUCAUUUUUAUCUCCAGGACAUUAUCUAUCUGAAUGUAUGUUGGCAGUCAAAAUGUAGAAGUAGUAAUUUGUGUUUAGGAAACUCUGUGUUGCUGAGUAAAGGGUAUAUGUCUGUUUAUGGAAGGGGACUUAGCAGGCUUUGCUAUGACGGCACUAUGGAAAUACCCUCGCGCCCCUUUGCUGUGGUCUUUGGGGGCACAUUUUAUGGAUUUGCUUUCACCAAAAGGUCCUCUUCCAAAAUUGUUGAUAAAUGUGAUGGUCAACAAAAUAAUUGUAUUGUCACAAGCUGCCGGCAGUAUGACAGAAAUCUGCUGCCAUCAGCAAUCGAAGUAUCUCAAAUAUUUAGUGAUUUACUUAGCCAGAGGGAAUGGUACCUUGAAGUAUGAAUGCUUUCUUGAAAAUUGAAUAAUUGGCGUUUAAAGUAGUUUUGUCAUUUAGGCUAAAAAUAAAAAUAGACUUGGUUCAAAAACCAUCUUAUAUUUUUUAAAGCCUUAUGUUGUAAAACUAUGAGAUGGGAAAGAAGACUCUUAGCAUUGUUGGUCUGCCUGAAAUAUAACUAGCCAGGGACAUCACACUAGGAGUUACUUACAAGCAGUAAAUGUACACUGUAUACAAUGUACACUGUCCUAGCAAUAGGGGCCAUGGGUUUUAUAAACUGGAAACAACAAUGUGAUGUUGAUUUUCACGUUUAUUCAACUACAGACAUUGCAGAAUGAUUUUCCUGUUCUAAAACAACCAGUAAAAUAAGAAAAGGCCUAAAAGCCAACUGUAAUUUUGUGUUAAGUUUUUAUUUUGUUUGGAAUCAAUCUACAUCAUCAAGGUCACGUUUACUUUUAACUAAAUUCAUGUCAUGCCUGUUGUAUUCUCUAAAAUGUUUUUUUUUGUGAAAAGAACAAAAUAUGAAAAUUAAAAAAGCAGUAAUUUGAGAUCAUUUUUAUCAGCUGAUAUAAAUACUUGCCAUAUGAAAUUAUUCAAAGUUAAACAAUUACUGUUGCAACCUGUCUCCUGCUAGCUGUCUUAGGUCUGAUCAUCCAGUGUGUUAGUUUGUGUCGGUACUUUCUGUCCCUGACUCAUGCAUGCAUUUAUGACACUGGACAGCAUGUCACUUAUUAUGUGUAUGUAAUUGUUCUGCUGCAGUGUGAAUGGAUACUGACAAAGUACUUCUUUAACUUGAAAAGAUGAUCCUGAAAAUAAUUCCAGAGAAAUGUUGAAUGAUGUAUAUUUUUACUUGAAAUCAAAAGUUUUGAUCUGUGAACAAUAAAUUCAUCAUCAUCAUCAUCAUCAUCAUCAUCAUCAUCAUCAUCAUAACAUGAAAUAUUUUCUGCCAGCCAAAUCAUGUAUAACCUGAUAACAACAUUGUAUAUAUACUAGUCUCCUGUCUCAGAGGCCAAAUGAAGUUCAAAUAAGAUGUUGCAAAUCUUGUCCCUCAUCCUGUAUCAGGAAGUGCAGACUUGCUAUGUACAUUAUAACUGUUAGACUGUGGGCACCUUAACCAUGUUUGUGGAUUCUGUCAAAGAUCUUCGACCUGUAGGUUUUGUUCCAAUGUUAAGCUGACUGGCUGCGCUACAAAUGAAAUACACAUCUAUGUGGCAUUUGACCAAAUAUCCUCGCUUACUCUUGCGUCAUUGGCUGUUGAUAUCUUUUCUCAACCAUUUUCUGUAUUUUGUGUAUUCUACACAUAUGACUUGUCAUCCGGCUACACACUUUAUGUUUUCUUUGCACAUCUAUUUGUUUAUCACAGAUCUUUAAUACUGGAACUAGUUUUAAGGACACAAUGGCAGAAUAGGUUCAGGGCCCACUUGCAUGAUGUAGUCUCUAGUGCUGUACUUUUUUAAGUCUACUUUAAAAUUAUGGAAGUUAAGAUGAUCUGAGCACUAAGACUAUUGUAAUUCUAUGUUAAAGGAUGGGAGCAAAGACGAUCUUAGCACUAAGACUGUUGUUAGUCAAUGCUAAAGUAUGGGAUUCUGGUCCUCAGUAACUUGGGCUUCUCUUUAAACAGUUAUUAACAACCCAUGAACCAAGUUUAUUAUGCAUCCUUUCUCUGAAAAAGAAUGGCCAUCUGUUUUGUCCCAAAGUUGGGACAUUAUCUAUAAACAUUUACAACCUGAAAUUCACCUAUCUUUCUGUUGGUAGUUUUGUACUUGAUUUCAAGUACGUUUUUUGUUUUGAAAUAAUCUCAAAGAAAACAAUUGUCAAUUAUACUGUUGAUGUUUUCUUUUACUGGAUGCUGUCUGAAAACUCCUUGAAUCCUUGAAUAAAACAUUCUGUUCAUUUGGAAAACAAGAUGGCUGAAAAAUGCUGAAUUGAAUCUUUUUAAGACAAACAACUGUACGUUAUGUAUUAAGUGUUUCUGGUAUAUAUUUGAUAUUUGCCCUUUUGUGUCUUUCAGUAAUCACACGUUUCCUGAAUAUUUAAUAUUUAUGUAGAGUAAAAUCUGAGAAAAUCAGAACCAUAUGAAUCUGACAGUGGAUAAAAUUUUUGGAUAACAACUUAUUUUACUGUAAUGGCAACGUUUUGGUAUAUAUCCUUAUACUGUUGUCAAGCUUGACAAUGGUAUAAGGAUCUAUACUGGAACAUCCAUAAAUUAUAUCCACUUUGUCAUCCGUCAACUUCUAAGAAACAAUUCAUAUGAAUCUGACUGGCAGCCAAAUAUACAGAAACACAUCUGCAAGUUGAUUAUUUUUCUUUGAUGAUUUGUGUGGCCACUGCUUUGAACUACUAAUAUUGUGAAAUUUAGACUGGUGAAAUUUUCUGUACACUUGUCCCAGUUCCAGGAAACUUUCCAUGGACCAAAUACUGGCUUUCUAAAAGAAACUAUCCUUCAGGUUAAAAAAUCCAAAAAUUGAGUGUUUAUUUUCCAAAUAUAUAUCGGGCAUAAGUCCAUCCAUUAUCAAUAUUUCCUGGGUUU